AUGAACGUCAGCAAUGACAGUCACACCCAUCUACAGAAAACGAAUGAACAGAAUGGCAGCGUUUUGACCCAUUUGGAAAACAACACUGAGAGGAAGCAGAUGCUUGCGGAGCCAUUGAGAACACGUAGAAAGGGCAGGGACGGCGUUGCUGUGGAAACGGGUGAGCAAGCAAGCCUGUUUACCGGCACUGAGUCAGCCAGCGUGCCGUGCCAUUCCAGAGCUGAAUCGCACAGACGUGGCGCUCGGCCUGUUGAACGCUGGCCGGCCUACACGCCUGUCUUCGUAGAGUGGGCCUUUUCUUCAACGUCCACGGCUCUGUGCGUCUUCUGUCGUCUCAAGCGCUGGACAGACACGCACAUCUACAUGUUCAAUCUACUGCUGGCCGAUUUCCUAUCCAUUAUUUUCCUGCCCUUCAGGAUACUGGAAGCCUUUUGCCCGAUGACACCCAGCGCAUUCUGCACGUUCUUGCUUUGCACCCAGUACUCCAACAUGUACAGCAGCAUCUUCACCAUUACAGCUAUCAGCGUUCACCGGUUUAUAGCCGUCAGUGCUCGCCGUCGCCGUGUUUUGCUCCACACGAACCAUCUACGUCCUGAUCGGAUCCUUAAGCAUGUCCAAGGGAGGGACAAAGCGGAAAGGAAAAACAUAGCUGCCAUCAUCACGGCGAACAUGUUCACAUUCAUUGUUUGCUUCACGCCCGUUCAUAUCGGUCUUUUGUUGCAAUAUGUAAUAUUAGAUGAUUCAUGGAAAGACUUUGUGCAUGUGUUUCUUGAUGUCACCGAGUGGAUCGCUACCACCAACUGCUGUCUGGAUUCGAUAGGCUAUUACUUUUGCUGAAAAGAGUUAAUAAAGGGAAAAUCGUUCAUACUGAACGUAAAAAGUUAUCUUGAGUAUAAAUUGAUCUAG